UGAAAGGGUCAGAGCACAGGUUCCUUUUUUGCAGAAGCUUGCGGAAAACUCCUAACAUCCACCAUGGUGCACUGGACAAGUGAAGAGAAACAACACAUUGCAGAAUCAUGGGCCAAAGUUAAUUGCCAAGUCAUAGGGGCAGAGGCUCUUGGCAGGCUUUUGAUUGUCUACCCAUGGACCCAGAGAUAUUUCCCCAGCUUUGGUAACCUGGGAACCGCAGAUGCCAUUAUGCACAAUGCCAAGGUAGCUGCUCACGGUGCCAAGGUACUGGGAUCCAUUGGAGAAGCUGUCAAACACAUGGAUGACAUCAAAGGACACUAUGCCCAACUCAGCAAAUACCACUCUGAGAAACUGCAUGUGGAUCCAGCCAACUUUGAGCGCUUUGGAGAGGUUGUAAGCAUUGUCAUGAGCGGUCAUUUUGGUGCUGAGUACACUGCUGAGGUCCAGUCCGCCAAUGAGAAGCUAUUCGGUGUUGUGGCUGAUGCUCUGGGAAAAGCUUACCACUGAACAUCCACAAGACCAUGAGUAAAGGAGCCUACAGAUAAACAUCUCACUCAUUAGAUCUAAUGCAAAUGUCUUCAUUAAAUGUUCUCAACAAUUCAGCUCCUAAUAAAAUUCAUCUUCUCUGCA